GUUGCCAACCAUACUAUAUAAUAACGUAUCCUACUUUAUUUUUGGUAAUUAUACUUUAUACUUUUACAUACAAAUAAAGUAUGCAAAAAUACUUUAUUGUCAACCUUUACUGUGGUGCGUAAAACAAAAUACUCAUUAUGGGUACUUAACGAUUCAUAAUUGCUGAACGAAAUAUUUAAAACGGAUAAUGGAAACAAUUUGUAAUUACUGAACGAAAUGUUAGAUGUCAGUUGUGACAUUUGUCACAGAUGUCUUUCAUUAUCGACGAAAUUGUACAAAACUGGUCCGUUAGUUUUGUUUAUAAGUGAAGAAUGCAUUUUAAAGUAAAUAUUAAUGCUGAAAAUGAGGAGUAAAUAUUAAUGCUGAAAAUGACGAGUAAUUCUGAUAGCGACACACCAGUGACUCCUAAAAAAGCUAAAAUAACAAAAGUUUUACAAAAAUAUAAACCUGAGUGGGAAAAACAAUACAACUGGCUAACAAGUGAUCUUCAAAAUAAAAGUAAUGCAAAAUGUAUUAUCUGCGGCGUGAAUUUUACAAUCAGUUCAGCUGGCAUUGGACAGAUUAAGCAACAUCAAAAUACUCAGAAGCAUAAGAUAAAAACUGAAAUGAAGAAAACAUCUGGUGCAUUACAAAAUUUCCUUACAUCAGAUACUAAAUCAAGAUGUCAAGGAUCUAGUGAUGAUGAGAAUAUUAUAGCAGCGGAAUUAGCAUUGACUUUUCACACUGUGAAGCAUAAUUUAUCUUAUAAUAGCAUGGAUUGUCUAAGUAAAUUAAACAAAAUUGUAUUUGUAGAUUCUAAAAUAGCUAGUAAAAUACGCUUGGGAAGAACUAAAAUGGAAGCUUUAGUGAUAGAAGUGUUAGGUCCAUAUUCUGUGGAAAGUGUAAUAAAUGAUUUACAUGAUGAUGUAUUUUUCUGUCUCCAGACUGAUGCAUCAAAUAAAAAAAAUAUUAAGUUAUUUCCUCUUGUAGUGCAAUAUUUUUCAAUAAAUGAAGGGAUCCAAAAUAAACUGAUCGAUUUUUACGAAAAUUCUAAUGAAUCUGCUGAUGGCAUGUUAGAAGCUAUAAAGAAGUCUAUGGAUUCCCACAACCUGUCAUUCAAUCAAGUAUCAGGUCUCAGUGCAGACAAUUGCAAUGCUAAUUUUGGCAUUCAUCACUCAUUGUACACAAAUAUUAAAAAAGAAGUACCAAACCUUAUAAAAGGCAACUGUCAUGCACACAUUAUCCAUAAUACAGUGAAACAUGCUAUGGGCUACUUGAUUUGUGACAUAGAAAAUAUUGUUUUGAAAAUAUACAGUCAUUUUUCGGUAUCUGCUUGUAGACGAGAUGAUUUAAAAAAAUUUGUUACUAUGGUUGAUGGUGAAUUUCACGAAAUCAAACGUCAUAUUGGUACACGGUGGUUAUCACUACUUCCAGCCGUUGACACCCUUUUACUUAAUUGGGAACCAAUAUGUAUUGUAUUUUAUAAGUUUAGGUGA